AUGCUUCUCUGGAAGAAGAUCUAUUGCAUCUGUAUUCUCUUGUCUAGUAGUGUUCCUUUGCAUUAUGCUCUGACCCCAACUUCCAUCAGCCGCCGCGAGGCUCUCACGUCAUCGGCCGUUUCCUUGGCCGGUCUGGUGGUCUCUGCUCCUCCUGGAGUGGCCGACGAGACGGUCGACUUGGAUGCCAUCAAGGCGGCCAGAGCCAACGGUCCCACCAACUUGUUGGAUGUUGUGAAUGCAAACAGCAAUAAUAAGAACAAGGUUGCGGUGGAAACCGUGGACAUGGACAAGGUGAAUGCGGCUCGCCAAAGUAAAAACGUCGUUGUCAACUCGAUUGUCCCUAUCAAGGAUCCACCUCCCAUUCUAGCAAUAGGCAGUACUAGUGUCAAGAUUCCCCGUGUGGGAUAUUCCUUUUACAAAACGGCUCCCGAUCAGGCGGCACGAUGCACCACGUUGGCACUCUACGCGGGCAUUCGUCAUUUGGAUGUGGCCACCGAUUACGGAUCCAACGCGGAAGUUGCUCGGGCACUCCAAAAAUAUUUGGAUAUUGGACCGAGCGGAUUGUUGAAUCUGAGUGAGGAAAAACCAGAACUUUUAGAGCAAUUGGAGGCCACUCGGUUGGCAGGAGAAAAACACGCACUGCAAGUGGGUGCCAGUUCCCAAAGCUUCACUGCCACGCCCACGGGAUCCAUUGGACGCAAGUUUCGACGAGACCGACUCUUUUUGUCUCACAAAGUGUCCAACCAAGAACAAUCCACAGACCCCGUAGCCGUACGGCGAAGUGUCAAGGCGACUAUUAAAGAAUUGGGUUGUCAGUAUCUGGAUAUGGUAUCCAUUCACACGCCCUUGACGGACAAGGCUCGUCGAUUGGCAACCUACGAGGCAUUGUUGGAUUUGCGCGAUUCCGGCUUUUGUAAAGCUGUCGGUGUGUGCAAUUACGGAUUGGGGCCACUGCAAGAAAUCGAAGCGGCCAAGCUGGAAUUACCGGCGGUCAAUCAACUCGAAUUGAGUCCCUUUAACCAACACAAGGAGGUUGUGAGUUGGUGCAAUAAGAACGGCAUUGCCAUUGCCUGUGGGGCAUGGUCCAAACUGUCCAGUGCCGACGGCCCCACCGAUCAAUGGGAGGUGGUGGGAAAAAUGGCACAACAAAAGGGCAUGACCAAGGCACAAGUGUUGGUCCGAUGGUCGAUGCAAAAGGGAUACAUUUGUGUUCCUCGAUCGGCUGCCACGUCCAAAGUGGAACGAGUGGCCAUUGCGGAAAACUCCUACGGUGGAGUCAAUUUGGACGAAUCCAACAUGCUGACUGCAGAGGAAAUGCAAAUUCUGGAAGGUUUGGAUGUGUCGCUCAAGUGUGGAAAGCUGGGACGACGAGACGGAUGGACUGAUGAAGAUGUCACCAGCCCAGACUGGGAACCCACAGAUUUUGAUUCGGGGUCAGUGGGUCGCCUGCAAAGACCUCUUGUCUGA